AUGUGCACUACUGCCAGGAAUAUCAACAAGUUGAUACGGCAGGCAUUUAUCCCGCGAUCAGAACGGAUGCCAGGAGUACGGCUUCCAUUCCAGUGUGUUGUAUGUAAAACAUGGACAAAUCCAAAAAAUAGAUGUAAAAUAAAUUCAGAACUUGAGCAACUGAUACUUAAGCGCCUGCCAAUUGAAUUGAAGGACACUGAUGUACUCUGCAACAAAUGCCGUAUAAAGCACUUUUACAAGCUAUCACCUGUUGAAAAUUUCGAUAAUAAACUCAUUGACCAAAGUGACAAUGAGGAAUAUCAACCUCCAGUAUCAAAGAAAACCUCAUUUGCUAGCCCUCCAUCCGUUAGACUGAAUAUCCCCUCAACACCCAAAUCUCAUUCACGGUGCUUUAUUUGUAAGAGACCUGGACCCAAGCUUAUAGUUGUGCCAUCAGAGGCAAGAUUCACAGCUUUUGUUCAGCGGAAUGUAAUCAUCAAAAGUGGCACAAGAUGCUGUCCAGUCCACAUGGAUGAAUCCCAAAUAAAAGAUGAAGCCCUCCAAUCUGUCAAGGCAUCUGAAUCUGCAUUUGUAAACCGUGCAACUGUGUUGGAACUAUUGAACAAGUUGAGGGCGUCAUGUAACAAGACCCGAAAACGAUUUGACUUCAACACGCUGAACAAUGAGGAAUAUGUUGAUCUCACCGGACUUAACAAGGAGGCCAUUCGGGAUAUUUGUGCUGGUGUGGAUGGACAUAUCCGUAACACCCCUGUCAGAGAUAUUCUCACAACAGUCGGAAUUUUUUUCUUUAAAUUAAAAUCAGGACUUUCAAAUACUAUUCUGUCAAUUAUAUUUGGUAUUUCCAAAUCAAGUGUUCGAAGAGCAAUCGCUACAACAAGACAAACUUUAAAGGAAAACUUUGUACCUCUCAAUUUAGGAUUUAACCAUAUUUCAAGGCAAAAAGUAAUUAAUCAACACACACGCCAACUCGCCCGAUCGUUGUUUGUUGAUGAAGCUGGAGACAGUUCACGUCUGAUUUUAGUGUUGGAUGGAACAUACAUAUAUAUCCAAAAAAGCCAAAACCAUCAUUUCCAACGCAGGUCAUACAGCAUGCACAAGGGGAGGCCACUUGUUAAGCCAAUGGUGAUUGUAACAACAAGUGGCCAUUACAUGUCUGUACUUGGCCCUUACCUGUCUGAUGGAAAGAACAAUGAUGCAAAAAUCCUCAACCAUAUCAUCAAUACAAACGUUGAGGAUAUCAAAUCGUAUGUCCAUCCUGGUGACAUAUUUGUGGUGGACAGAGGGUUUAGGGAUUCCCUGCAGCUAUUAGAGUCAAAGAUGCCUUCAUUUUUGCCAAAAGGCGAGACCCAGUUCCAAACCGAGGUCGCCAACACUAGCAGGCUUGUCACGAAGAUCAGAUGGGUGGUUGAGUCUGCCAACGCACGGCUCAAGAGAUGGAAAUACUUAGACAGAGUAUUACCUAACAGCCAGGUUCCAUUUAUUGGCGACUUUGUGCAAAUAAUUUGUGCCGUUUGCAACAAAUAUCUUCCGCCACUUUCAUCUUCAUGCUCUGAUGAUGACAGACUCGCACACCAUAUGCUGCAGUUAGCAACUCAAGAGAACUCUCUGAAAACUGAGAUUGAGGAGAGCAAUCUCGACAAAAGUCGAGCCGUGUGGGUUCCAGUUUCUGACACUGAUCUUGAAGACUUCCCUCGUCUCACUGAGGACAUACUACGGACCCUCACAUGUGGUGUCUAUCAGUUGAAGCUUUGCCCUGGAUACAUCCAAGAACACCUUGAGGGCGAUGAAGACAUUCGUGUACACAAAGAAAGAAGUGGGCUAAUUCGUGUGCGUUUACAAAGUCGUCAUGUCUCGGCGAAACAAUACAAUCUUUGGAUUAAAUUCAACAAUUAUGAAAUUCUUGGUUGGUAUUGCAAAUGUAGAUCUGGUUCAAGGAUAGUUGGAAUGUGUGCACACUGUGCAGCAGUGAUUUGGUACUUGGGUUAUGGAAAGCACAGAUUUUUGGGUGCUCUUGGUGUUCGUGACUGGAGUGAAUAUGUUGAUGAUGCUAGUGUUGUUCCACCAACAGUUGAUAGUUCAGACUCGGACAGCGAUUAAAUGGCGCAGCAUUUAA